AUGAAGACCAACUCCCUCUCCGUUUUGGCGGUCCUGCUUGCCGCGCCGCUGGCUCUCGCCAUUCAGGAUGGUCCCGUCCAACGCCCGCGUGGUGCCAAGCGACUCGUGCCCGCCCCGGGAGCCUUGACGACCAAGUCCAAGUGCACCAAGACCCGAUCGAGGUCGACUGUCACCGUAACCGUCACUGCUCCCGGCACCGGUGAAGAAACAACCGUCACGAUCCCCACCACCAUCACACUCCCUGGUGAGAUCGAGGAGACGACCGUGACUAUCCCCACCACCAUCACUCUUCCCGGCGAGGGCGAAGUCGUCACCGUCACCGUCCCCACCACCGUCACGCUGCCUGGCGAGGGUGGUGAGCUCGUCACCGUCACCGUCCCCACCACCGUCACGCUCCCUGGCGAGGGUGGUGAGCUCGUCACCGUGACUGUCCCGACCACCGUCACCCUUCCGGGCGAUGAUGUCGAGGCGACCGUUACCAUCACUGAGGGUCUCACCGUCACCGAGGCUGCCGUCACCAUCACCGAGCCUCUCACGAUUACCGAGGGUGGUGUUACCAUCACAGAGGCUGGCGUCACCGUCACCGAGGCUGGUGUCACUGUCACGGAGCCACUCACCAUCACCGAGCCUGUCGUUACCGUCACGGAGCCCCUCAUCAUCACCGAACCUGCUAUUACGGUUACCGAAGCUGGCGUCACCAUCACCGAGGCUGGUGCCACAGUAACUGAGGCUGGUGUUACCGUCACUGAGCCUCUCACGAUUACGGAGCCCGUUGUCACGGUCACUGAGCCGCUCAUCAUCACCGAACCUGCUGUGACGGUGACUGAGCCUCUCACGAUCGUUGAGCCCGCCGUGACGGUGACUGAGCCUCUCACGAUCGUUGAGCCCGCCGUGACGGUGACUGAGCCUCUCACGAUCAUUGAGCCCGUAACCGUUACUGAGCCUCUCACGAUCAUUGAGCCCGUGACCGUUACCGAGCCUCUCACGAUCAUUGAGCCCGUGACCAUCACGGAACCGCUCACCAUCAUCGAGCCCGUGACCAUCACCGAGCCUCUCACCAUCACCGAGGCUCCCGUUACCGUCACCGAGCCUCUCACCAUCACCGAGCCCCUGACCAUCACGGAACCCCUCACCAUCAUCGAGCCUCCCGUUACCGUCACUGAGGCUCCCGUCACGCCCUCUCCGACCACCACCACCACCACCACCACGGAGUCGACCACCAUCACGGAGUCCACCACCAUCACCGAGCCCACCACCAUCACCGAGUCGACUACCACCGUCACCACGACCACCCAGUCCACGACCACGACCACCACAACCACCACCACUACGACGUCCGUCACCACGGCGGUCUCCUGCCCUACUGGCAACCCCGUUAUCAACGGCGGGUUCGAGAACAGCUUGACCGGAAACUGGAAGCUCUACCCUGCAGGAGAUGUCGCGCUUGAGCGUGUCCAGGGAACCGGCGGCACCGGAUCCUACGCGCUCCGGUCCAGGAUCGGCGCCACCAACAACAACUUGUCCCAGCGCAUAGCCCAAGCCAUCACCGUCUGCCCUGGUGUGAACUACAGGGUCUCCUUCCAGUCGCGUCGGUUCACGACCGCGGGUACCAUCGCGGCUUACCUCUACAUCGGUGACGUGGCCCUUGCCGGCGGCCCGGUCACCAGCACCAAUUUCGCCGCCGCCGUGCCCCUCAACGGCGGUGUAUUCUCGACCACGUCCAACAGCGUUCUUCUUACCAUGGAGUUCACGUAUACCUCAGGUACGGGCUCGGCGAAGGAACUCCAAGUUGAUGAGAUUAUUCUCGAGAGGCUUUAA